CAGUACCGUCCAUACUACUCGCGCGUGAUGGAAAAUCAGAUUUUCGUGUUCCGUUACUCCCGUUUCGAUCGCAGGAACAGAAAGAGGAUAAGGCAAAUGUGCGAUCAUUAAGAACCGUGUGCGACGCUCGAAACUGUUUUCGUCGCAACCUUCGGUUGACACAGAGUAACAUAACCAAAACGACUGAAAGAGGGUCUUUCAGGACUUCAAGUAUCUUUGAACUUGUCAAGACAGAACAGUGGAAAAAAGUUAGAAUCGUUUAUAAUUUUAAGAAGUUAGGGAGAAUAAUCUAAGAACAAUCAUUUAUUCAGGUUCUAGAGUUCAAGUAUCAUAUAAUAGUAUCAAGUAACAUAUACCUCAAAAAGAAGUUGGAGGAACAAAACCCACUGAAAUCAGGAUUAAUUUCAGAAACUAACGCUAAAGAUAAUACAUCAUUUGAUGUAAAGAAAAGAAUAAUAAGUAAAGAAUGUAAAAGUGUGCAAUUCUUUACAAAAAAGGACACAUAUAGAAAAAUAUCAAUCUGUUUUGCUAAGAAAAAUGAUCACUCAAUUAAUCUUCUUCCUAUUAAAUAACAGUUAUUAUCUAUAAUAAUGAAUAUUUUAAAACGUACAAUAAUUCUUAAAUAACAAAAUUCCUGUAUAAAUCAAACUUGGAAAGAAAAGGGCACUAGGAGUCAAGCGCAGACAACUUCACGCAACGCCGAUAUACAUAUAUCAAGCAAAAUCAUAACAUUCGUGAGAACAUGGAGCUCGAAACGCUGCUGCGAAAUCACGCUUCAGCAAAGGAAUCUGACGAAAAUUCUCAAGAGGAUGAAAAGAAGGAAGACGAAUACUUUCGGAAGAUGUAUCAACAGUGGAAGGGCGUGAAGACUAAGGACGAUUCCACUUAUAAAGUGAUACCAAAAUUCUAUUUCAAGUUGCCAAAAGAGGAUGAGAUUCUACCACAGAAAUUACGUGAGGAAACACGUGCUUUAUUCUUACAAAGACGAUCUCGACAGUUACUCGAUAAUCAUGAAUUGAAAGCACUCUGGGUUCUGUUGGACAAACAUCACAGUCCACCUUUAUCAGGGGACGAGCAGUUAAUCAAUUAUGAGGACUUUAAAAAAGUAGGCAAACUGGCAGGAGCAAAGUGCAGCCCAUAUUUUACUGCAGUUGUCUUUGCCAAACUGCAGCAAGGAGACCUACAUGGUAGAAUUAGCAUAAUGGCAUUAUUCAAUUACGUCAUGCGAAAAGUUUGGUUACAUCAAACAAGAAUCGGACUAUCUUUAUAUGACAUUACGGGACAAGGUUAUCUCAGAGAGUCGGACUUAGAAAAUUAUAUUUUAGAACUGAUACCAACAUUGCCACAGCUUGAAGGCCUGGAAAAGUCCUUCCACUCGUUUUACGUGUGCACAGCUGUCAGGAAAUUCUUGUUCUUCUUAGACCCGCUUCGAACCGGAAGAGUUCGUAUUCAGGAUAUUUUAGCGUGCAGCUUUUUGGACGAUCUUCUAGAAUUGAGAGACGAGGACUUGCCGAAAGACUUACAAGAAGCUAAUUGGUUCUCCGCGCCUUCGGCCCUUAAAGUUUACGGACAGUAUCUUAAUCUGGACAGAGAUCACAACGGAAUGUUAAACAAAGAAGAACUCGCUGGAUACGGCACUGGUACGCUAACCGGUGUAUUUCUCGAACGAGUAUUUCAAGAAUGUCUUACUUAUGAAGGCGAGAUGGAUUAUAAGACGUAUCUAGAUUUCGUUUUAGCAUUAGAGAAUCGGCACGAACCGCAGAGUCUUCAUUACCUCUUUCGCAUUCUCGACAUCAACAAUCGCGGUUACUUGGAUACUUUUUGUCUGAAUUAUUUUUUCAGGGCGAUACAAGAACAGAUGACGAUGCAUGGUCAAGAACCCGUUAGUUUCGAGGAUGUCAAAGAUGAGAUUUUCGAUAUGGUGAAGCCGGCAGAUCCGUGUAAAAUUACGCUGCAGGACUUAUUGUCUUGUGGUCAGGGCGACACGAUGGUCAGUAUCUUGAUCGAAUUCCAUGGCUUCUGGGCAUACGAAAAUCGUGAAGCUAUGGCUGCUGACACCGGGGAUGAGUCAUCCCAUGUAUGACGAAGUACUUCUCAUCCAAGAAUACGAGAUAAACGUGCCGAGACAGAUAGUGCACAACUGGACAUUAACACUUAAUGUGUUUAACAAGCUAUUGUGAUGAUAUGCAUUUUGUAGUAACAAAAUUUUUAUACUUUAUUACAUGCCAGAACGUGGCAAUC